AUGGUCCCCGCCGCCGGCGCGCUGCUUUGGGCCCUGCUGCUGAGUCUGGGGUCCCCAGCGGCGGCGGGGGCCCAAGGUCUGACUUCAGCUGGGACGCAGCCGGUCAGUUUCCGCUUGGGAGACACGAUGACCCGCAAGUACCGGACCAACCCCCGGACCGGUGUCCCACCCAAGAGGAGGGUAAUAAUGGAGGAUGAUGAGGAUGACAUCGUGGCCAAUGCUGACCGCUUGGCAGGCCCUGCCGCUGCUGAGCUCUUGGCCUCCACGGUGUCCACGGACAUCAGCAGGUUGCGUUCGUGGGAGCAAGGCAGGGAUGGGUCUUUGGAGGAAGGGGUUGUGAUUAACGCCCAAAAGAAUAACACCAAUUUAGAGGUUGUCAGUACGAUUUCUAGUACUACAAUGAAGAAGUUCAGCUCAAGGUUUGCAGCGAAUAUCCAGGAUCCAGAGUACAGGCUGACCACAAGCCUGCCGCCCUCCACCUGGAAAUCUACUGAGCACCCCGAGCACACCCUCCCGGACACCAGCCUGACCCAGUGGUCCACAGCAGGGUCCACCCCCAGCCGCCGGCCACGCCCCUCAACCACAGCCAUGCCACCUCCUGAGGACCUGCGGCUGGUGCUGAUGCCCUGGGGCCCGUGGCACUGCCACUGCAAGUCAGGCACCAUGAGCCGGACCCGGGCCGGGAGGCUGCAGGGCCUCUCAGGGCGCCUUCGAGUUGGGGCACUGAGCCAGCUCCGUACAGAGCACCGUCCUUGCACCUACCAUCAAUGUCGCUGCGACCGGCGUCUUGAGGAGUGCCCGCUGGACUCGAGCCCCUGUUCUGACGCCAGCUGCACCAGUCAGACCACCAGCAGCAGCACCACCACCACCGCCAUACCCCCACUCAGCACCAGGCUCAGACCCAGCCCCCUGCACUUCCUCAGCCCCAGCCCCAGCCCAGCUCUUGGGUUUUGGAGGCAGGUCAGGACUGGGCUGGAGGAUAUUUGGAACAGCCUCUCUUCCGUGUUCACAAAGAUGCAACCAAUAGACAAAAACCGGAGGUAA